AUGGAUCCUAUCGCAAUAAUCGGCGCGGCUUCUUCCCUGGUCCUCUCUUUGGCCAAAGCCAGCAAAUCCCUCUCAGAUAUCAGGAAGGGUUUUCAGGAAGCGCCGAUGAUCAUCGCAACUAUGAUAACUGAGUGCAAAACCAUCAGUGCGGCGCUCACUCACCUACAAAAUCUCACCCUUGGGAAUCCCGUCGCUCUCUCUCCGAGCCUAACGACCCCGGAAACUAUUCAAGAGGGCUUUGAUAACGCCCUUACAGGAUGCAUGCUCAUAUUGUCCGCGCUCGAAGUCCACCUGGAGCGCCUUGUGGAAGGGAAAAAGCCAGAAGACAUGGGAUUUAUGAAGAAGGUGCAACUAUUAUGGAAUGAGGAGACCAUGAACCAGUUGCUAUCAAAUCUCAGGGGGCAACACGCCGCCAUUAACACCUUGGUGUCUCUUUUCCAAACUGAAUCGCUUGCUAAUGUUCACGACCUGCUUCAUCAACAUAUCACAGAGCUUCGUUUACAUCGGAAGCGUUCUAUUCAGUUAUAUCAGCAUAGUGGCUUUGAGUCUGUUGCAGGGCAAGAGAAAGAACUCAGUAUUUUCAACUUCAGCAUCCAGUCCUUUUCCUUCACUGAUGCGACAAGCAACAUCAAUGUGCAGCUCCAACAAUCUACAGCGUAUCGAAAUGCUGGAGCAGUGACCACCGAGGAACUCUGGCGACUAAAUGAAGAAUUAAGGGAUGAGAACGGGGGACUGCGUAGUGAGCAGAAAGGGCAUAAGAUUGCGAGCCUCCUUUCCAACAACGCUUUUUUACAAACACGAAUCGACAGUCUCGAUCAGCAGCUGCAGGCCGCGACGGCGAAAAUUGACCACUUCUCUGCUUACUACAAGAUGUUCAAACAGACAGGGGCCGAGUGUGUGCAGCAGAUUCAGCAUGACAGAGACCAGAUCAAGGAGCUCGAAGCCAGGCUAAGAAAUCUCCGCAAGUCACAUGGUAGUAUGAUCUUAUCACGUCUUAUAAGUUUCCACGAACAAUGGAACGAACUAGGGUACAUUACGCCAGCCUCUAGCUCGCGGUCAUCUUUCGUGGAACCCAGUGCCUCCUCUCACUCAAAACAAGCAGAUGAGCUUCCUAAACCAGAUGUGGGGUCAAUUCUAGAGAAAACGUUGAUUGAUAUAGAUGAUCUAAUAACUAUGUCAGAAUAA